UUUGCUCUGGCUGAGCCCUCCGUCGACACGCUGAGCAUGAUGUGGUCGACCACGUUCAUGGACUUUAUCCGUUGGAUUGACGAGGAAUGGGAGGUACUUGUGAACGUGAUCUCGAGUGGUGUGCUGCCCCAUUUUCCUGACACAGAAAGUGUAUAUUUGGCUAUUGUUGUGAGUUACGACCCGAAGCGAGCGGAGGAUCUCCGCAAGAUCGGCCCGCCCUCGGGAACCGCCGAGGAUUGGGCGGCGAGGAUUUGGCCCAAGCUCGAAGUCCUGUCUGCCAUAUCCGGUGGGACAUUUGGGCGCGUCUUACCUCAGGUCAGAGCAUACAUUGGACCAUACAUCCCAAUCCGCGUUCCUGUGUAUGCUUCCUCGGAAUGUGCCAUAGGCAUGGCGUAUAAUGAUCGCAUAUUCAACGUUGUCAAGGUGCUUACGGGCAGCUACAUCGAAAUGCUCGAGAUCAUUGCCGAAGGCGAAGAUGGGGAACUCAAGAAACUUUGGCAAGUAGAGAAAGAUAAACUCUACGAGCCGAUUGCAACUACCUACGACGGCCUCUGGCGGUAUCGAAUCGCAGACGCUGUACAGCUCGUCGGCUUCGAUCCCACCGACGGGACACCUCUUCUCAGGUACAAGGAACGGCGCGGCCAAUCCAUGAGACUACCUCACGCAUUGAUCACUCAAACAGACGUCGCCGAGUCCGCGGCUACCGUCGAUGGGCUGAAGCAAGCCGAGUUCACGACGUGGCUCGACGACCGCAAAGUGCCACCCACAGUCGGAUUCUUCGUAGAGGCGUCCCCAGACGACACAGGGCGUAUCCCAUCCUCAGCCCGAGACGCGUUGAUGCAAGGCUUGAUCGAGGUGAACGAGAACUUUGCCAUCGGCGCGCACAAGGGGUCUUCCGUCAAACCGUCCAUCCGAAUUUUCUCUCCCGGAUCAUUUAGCGAGUUCAGGGCCUGGAAGGGAGCGUUGAAUGGGACGGGGAGCUCGCAGAUCAAGGUGCCGCUUAUCAUGGUGGAUCCGAAAGGUCAAUAA